AUGGCCAAAGUCAUCUUUACAGCAUGGAAGAAUAAGUCGCAGCUGCUGGACGUGCGGAACGAAUUCUAUCCGCCGACAUCCUAUGAUGGUCCAGACAGGCGCGCUCACGCUUGCGCGGUGGUGGAAGCUUGGAAGCUUCGUGGAAAUGUUCCUCACCAUGUUGAGGCAACUGCCCUCUUGACGGAUGCCAUCCUUCACGAUGAUGCGCAGACCAAUUCGAUUUUCUCAAUUCGAGCUACCUACUCCGCUGCUUUCUGUCGCUUCGUAACUGGUCUCGUCGACACAAAAAUCCACGGCCAACGAAGAACCAUGUUCCAGCGUGCUAUGGACUUAGGCCUCCCAGCAUCCUUUGUAGAGUUGCGCCAUGAAGCAACUCACCGUGAGCCACCAUCCUUGGUUGUACUCCGCAAAGCGUCUCAACGGUCUCUUGAGUGGCUCUGGGAUAACUACUGGGCCGACGUUGAUGGCUUAAAUGCUGAAUCUCAAACUGCCCAUGAUGUUAGCGCAUCGAACAAGACUGCUCUCACCAGUGUUUUGCGAGAAUUUUCCAAACACUCCGAGUCUUCUGAGCCGCAGACGAAAAAGCGCAAGCGGGAUCAAGAGGUCUCCGUUGCGACGGACUUGGUUUCGAUUUGUGGAUCUUCCACUGAUGGUGCUAAGUCACUUUCUGCGGUGUUGUUGGAGGAGUCCUUGUUGUUUGGCUCCGAGAGAAAGAUUGGAGAAUCUAUGAACCAGUCUUUCGAUAAAUGGGACUCUGUUCUUCAGAAGAUCUCUGAAACCCACCCUUCGUUUUUGAUGUACCUGUGCGAGGAUCUGGUACACAACUUGCUCUUCGAUGCCACAAAGGACUCGCAGAAAAAUGCCUCCGCCGAGGCACUAUUCCUUUGGUUGACUCACAUCCUGAGCUCUUACACUUGGGAAUCUUACCAGCAAUAUUGCCCUCGGGCUUACAUCCUCAGUGCAUGCGAUGAAACUGCUACCUACUGGGCUAAGAUGCUGAAUGAUCGCUUAAAGGAGCACGGAGGCGUUCGAAAGUCAAAGUCGUCGUCUCGACGAAGCUCUUUGCCUCCUGCGGCAAAGAAAUCAGCUCUGCGCAAUGCCAAAUCUGAUGCAUUACCUAUUUUCGACGAGAAACUAAGUGCACAUGGCUGGGCGCCUGUUGAGAGGUGGGAUCUCCGGGCUUUGGGUGUGACAGCAACUGCUAGUGUAUGA